GUUUCCAUUUUUGCUGAAUAAACAGAAGGAUGAUUCCUGAUUCACCAUUUACAAGCUGAUUUCAUGUACUUGUAACAAGCCUGUGAAGCUUCCAGAAGUUGUGAUACUUUGUCCCCUCUGGGAAUUGUGGGGGUGGGACACGUCGUCCUCCUGGAUGUUCUCCUGACGAAGGCCAGUUUCACUGCACCACUGCCAGUGUUUAGCUGGCAUAUCCCUUUAAUCCCAUAGUUCGUUUCAAGCAUCCAAUUUAUCCUUCUAGAACCUAACUCUUUAUUGUUAUUUUUCUUUUUUAAACUCCAGAGCUCCUGAGCACAUGCCCUUCUUGGUGAACUCACAGUGAUCCGUUUGUUUUGCCUUCUCCCAGCUCAUGCAUUCUUCAAGUCUUGGUAACUGAGAAUGUUUUGUCUGUUCAGGCUCAAAACCAUCAGUGAAACAGGAACUCAACUUAAGCACCUCAUCAUGUGUCAGACUGAAUCUGGGAAAACUGGGCUGCUCCUCCAAAUCAGCCCCGACUUCCUUUUGUCUUUAAGUUUUUAAAGCUCCCAGGAGGCAGCCUGAAAUUUAGAAUCUUCUCACGAAUCUUCUCACGAUAGGAUGGGGAAAUUCUGAAGUUCUCAUUAAACACAUUUGUGUCUCAAGCUUUGGAAAAAGCCAAAAUGCCAAAAGCAAGAAUCCCAGAAAAUAGCUCCCACUGCUGUGAUACCCCGAUAAUUGUCUAAUGAAUUCAGCAUGUGUCCACUGGACUUGACCAUCUGCCAGGCAAAGUUCCAGAACAGUGAGAUGUCUUAUGAUUCAUCUGCUUGGGGAAAGGCCUUUAACUACCCGCUGGUGGUCACUGCCGUUUUCUUUAAGUAAGCAAGUCUUGAGGUCUUUUCAUUGGCGUAUGUUCUUCUGAUAUAUGGCUCCCACCAGUGUGAAGCAGAAGGAUGACCUCGUUCGGUGGGCAGGACAACUGUGAAAGAAGUUGCUGUGUGUAUAGAAGUCUGUGGGAAAAGAGAGCCACCUAGAAUGCCCCCACCAAACCAGUCAGUGGAAGGUCUCCCCCAGGAGGCCUCCAACAGUGCGCUGAACGCUACAGAUACUCUAGAGGCUUGGGAUCCAGGAACCCUCCAGGCACUCAAGAUCUCUCUUGCAGUAGUCCUUUCUGUCAUCACACUGGCCACUGUCCUCUCCAAUGCCUUUGUGCUUACCACCAUCUUCCUCACCAGGAAGCUCCACACCCCAGCCAACUAUCUCAUUGGCUCCUUGGCCACAACUGACCUUUUGGUUUCCAUCUUGGUCAUGCCCAUCAGCAUUGUAUAUACUAUCACCCGCACCUGGAGCUUUGGCCAAAUCCUGUGUGACAUCUGGCUGUCUUCUGACAUCACGUGCUGUACAGCCUCCAUCCUGCAUCUCUGUGUCAUUGCUCUGGACAGAUACUGGGCCAUCACCGAUGCCCUGGAGUAUAGUAAACGCCGGACAGCAGGCCACGCAGCUGCCAUGAUUGCCAUUGUCUGGGCCAUCUCCAUCUGCAUCUCCAUCCCACCGCUUUUCUGGCGGCAGGCCAAAGCUCAUGAAGAGAUGUCUGACUGCCAGGUGAAUACCUCCCACAUCGCCUACACCAUCUACUCCACAUGUGGGGCCUUCUAUAUCCCGUCCGUGUUGCUCAUCAUCCUUUAUGGCCAGAUAUACAUGGCUGCCCGGAGCCGCAUCCUGAACCCACCAUCACUCUAUGGGAAGCGCUUCACCACAGCCCAUCUCAUCACAGGUUCUGCGGGGUCCUCACUCUGCUCCCUCAACCCCAGCCUCCAUGAAGGGCACUCACACUCAGUCGGCUCCCCUCUCUUCUUCAACCAUGUGAAAACCAAGCUUGCUGAUAGUGUCCUGGAGCGUAAGAGAAUUUCUGCUGCUCGAGAAAGGAAAGCCACAAAAACCCUGGGGAUCAUUCUAGGUGCCUUUAUCAUCUGCUGGCUGCCUUUCUUUGUUGCAUCUCUGGUCCUCCCCAUUUGCCGGGACUCCUGCUGGCUCCACCCAGCCGUCUUUGACUUCUUCACCUGGCUAGGCUAUUUAAACUCCCUCCUCAAUCCAGUAAUCUACACUGUAUUUAACGAAGAUUUUCGGCAAGCAUUUCAGAAAGUUGUCCAUUUCCGGAAAGCCUCCUAGUCUUAUUUGGUGGUGACUCUUGUUAUCUUUUGUGACCUAUGAUCCAGUUUUUUUUUUUUCCUGAGACUUGGUUUAAUUCAUGAUAUCUUGGGUCUUCGUUCAGUCAGUAGAAUUGAUUUGAUUUCCUUUUCUUAUUGCCUACUUGACUGUUGAGCCCCCAACCUAGGCAGCCCUGUGAAAGGAGACAGGACUGAAACUUGAUAGGACAGAGGCUGGCAGAAACAUAAUCCACAGGAUUCCUCAUGUAUGCAAUUCAAAUGGAAGCUGUCUGGCUCAAAGGGAAGGCUUCCUGGUCUACUGAAACUAGUAUGGUGCUGAAAGGAGGGUGGAGGAGAUUAGUGACCGACCUGAGUUGAAAGAGAAUUUGGAGUCAGGGUGGAGAGGUCUCCACUCCAUGUGGUACCUUGAUUGAAAAAUAACACCCAGACAUUUCUUCCACUGAGUCCUUCUUAGACUGAAACUUUCCCAGUUACCUGUGGGAAGAAAUUUGGUAUUUGGGAUCUGACAAGAAAGAGUGACUUGGAGAGAGAGUCAGAACUUGGGGCAGGGGCAUGGGAUGGUUGAAACCUGAUCAGCUAAACUGUGCCCUUUCUUCCCCAGUAAUUCUGCACCAUCUUAACGUUCUGAAGUUAAAAUCCAUGAUCACCCUCAUUCGAGUAGAUUGACAGGCUAUGGACCCACCAAGCUUUGAGUGGAACACCAUUCUGAAUUUUUUUUUAUAUUUCAUUUUCAUUAAGGAUCUGAAGACGUUGGGUCUUAUCAAAUAAAAAGCAUGAGACAUCAUGACCAGCAAA